UGCUCCUGACCAAUACUUCCACCCCGUAAUACUCUCACCGUAGAACCAACCCUUUCGCUUUGAUUUUGUUCUUACGACGCCCGAGCCCCGCCCGAGGAGCUGUCGUUAAGCGCAAUGUCCGGAUCCGGGACCUCGUCUUUCAACGAGAAAGAGGUAGACUGGCGUAUCCAGGAUCAGGAAGCUGCCGCAGUGGAUUCUAAGCAAUACGAAUCCAUCGUCAACAAACCUUUAGAGACGGCAAAGGUCGAAAAGGACCUGGAGGCACAUGUCGACAAACAGAGCGUCAGAGGAGGCCGACUGCUCUCCAGGCUCCACAGCGCGCAGAGCGGUGCAUCUGAGUGGAGCAGCGAGCUGUCCGAUACGAAAAGUUCUGCCAGCGGGAGAAAGAAAUGGUACAAGAGAAUGAACCCGCUGAAAUGGGGCAACAAACCACCGGUUCCGGAGACCAGACUUCCAUCGCGGGAGUAUAGUGCCGGCUUCUUCAGCCGACUUACUUUCCAGUGGAUGGCCCCGCUCAUGACAGUUGGUUACAAGCGACCGCUCGAGAAAAACGACCUUUGGACCGUAAACCCAGAUCGAAGCGCAGAUGUGAUGGUGGAACGGCUCCAAGCAUCAUUCAAGAGACGGAGAGAAGCAGGCGAAGAAAAACUCCUUUUGGGUGCACUCUUUGAUACUUUCAAAUGGGAGUUCAUUAUAGGUGGUGCUUGCCAGCUCUUUGCGAGCAUCAUUCAAUCCGUUGCACCGUUCGUCUUGCGAUACUUGAUCAGCUUCGCACUCAAGGCCUAUAUUGCCCAACAUAAUGGCGGACCUGCACCUCCGAUUGGGGAAGGAAUUGGCCUGGUCAUUGGCAUCACGGCAAUGCAAUUCUUCCAAAGCAUGGCAACAAAUCAUUUCAUGUAUAGAGGAAUGAUGAUUGGCGGUGAGGCAAGAGCUGUGCUUAUAUCCGUGAUCUUCGACAAGGCCAUGAAACUCUCCGGACGCGCGAAAGCUGGUGGCAAGGCGGUACUGGAAAAGCCACCUCCCGAUGUAAAAGCGGGAAGCGAAGCAGAAAGAAGGUGGUACCACAAGAUGCUCAAGAAAAAGCAAGGAAAACUCGCGCAAGGCCCGCAGGGAGUUUCAGGUGACGGCCAAGGCUGGGCCAACGGCCGGAUCAUCAAUCUGAUGUCUACAGACACCUACCGCGUAGACCAGGCCAGCGGCUUCUUUCACAUGAUCUGGUGUUCCCCCAUUGCGAUUCUCAUCACGGUUGCUUUGCUUCUCAUAAAUUUGACGUACAGCGCGCUUCCCGGUAUUGGUCUUCUUAUCGUCACUAUGCCGUUGCUUGGGCGUGCUGUACGCUCCCUUUUCCGGCGGAGAAUGGCCAUCAACAAGAUCACGGACCAGCGAGUCAGCCUGACGCAAGAGAUCUUGCAGGCCGUGCGAUUCGUCAAAUAUUUCGGAUGGGAAACUAGCUUCCUCGAGCGAGUGGACGCUAUCAGAAGAAAAGAGAUCAAGGGCAUACAGAUCCUGCUUGCUAUUCGGAACGGCAUCAUGGCCGUUGGCAUGUCGAUGCCUGUGUUCGCUUCUAUGCUCGCUUUCAUCACAUACUCCCUCACCGACCAUGGCCUCAACCCUGCGCGGAUCUUCUCUUCGCUUGCUCUUUUUAACUCUCUCCGUAUCCCGCUCAAUUUUCUUCCUCUUGUGAUCGGGCAAGUCAUUGAUGCAAAUGCGUCUGUCAAGCGCAUUCAGGAAUUUUUGCUGGCGGAAGAAGCCCAAGAGGAUACAGAGUGGAACUACGACGCGAAAGAAGCUGUUGUGAUCAAGGACGCAGACUUUACCUGGGAGCGCCACCCCACGCGUGAAGAUGAAGAUGGUCCCCCUGGAAAGGGGGCGCCUGGCAAGAAGAUUAAGGAGAACAAAGAUAAGCGCAAGAGCGUACAGUCUACAGCGAGCAGCGGUAGUGGCUCCGCAACUAAUUCGGCAGAAAAAGCCGGAGAAGAGGAUCUUCCUUUCCAAUUGAAGGAGCUCAAUCUUUCGAUCGGACGGAAGGAACUGAUCGCUGUUAUCGGUGGCGUAGGCUCUGGCAAGAGCUCUUUUCUGGCAGCUUUAGCAGGCGACAUGCGACGGACGAAGGGCGAAGUCAUGAUUGGAGCAUCCCGUGCCUUCUGUCCACAAUAUGCCUGGAUUCAAAAUGCGACUGUCCGCGAGAACAUCGUUUUUGGGAAAGACUUUCGGCAGGAUUGGUAUAACAAAGUUGUCGACGCAUGUGCCUUGCGACCAGAUCUUGACAUGCUUCCCAACCACGACAAAACCGAAAUUGGUGAACGCGGGAUUACCGUAUCUGGUGGCCAAAAGCAGCGCAUGAACAUCGCGCGUGCCAUCUAUUUUGAUGCAGAUAUCGUCUUGAUGGAUGAUCCAUUAUCUGCGGUGGACGCGCACGUCGGAAGACAUAUCAUGGAUAACGCUAUCUGCGGCCUUCUUCAAGAUAAGUGCCGCAUCCUGGCUACCCACCAACUUCAUGUGCUCGAUCGAUGCGAUAGGAUUGUAUGGAUCGAGGAAGGUCGAAUCCAGGCAGUGGACACGUUUCCCAACCUCAUGGCCAACAACAGGGAUUUUCGACAGUUGAUGACCAUGACUGCUACUGAAGAGACCAAGGACGAGCAGGAACAUGCGAUUGAGGACGAAAUCGAAGACGAGAAGAAAAUGGCCCAGAAAAAAAAGAAGAAGAAGCCUGCAGCGCUGAUGCAGGAGGAAGACCGCGCUACCAAAGCCGUGGACUGGGACGUCUGGCUAGCCUACCUUCGAGCAGGAGGUGGCUUGUGGGUUGGCCCAAUUGUGGUAGCGCUCCUCAUACUGUCACAGGGCGCGAACAUAGCGACGAGCUUGUGGUUGUCCUGGUGGACGUCUAACAAGUUCGGCUAUAGCGAAGGCGCAUACAUCGGAGUUUAUGCUGCACUGGGUGCCUCUCAAGCUUUAUUGAUGUUUGCAUUUUCGAUAGCGGUCUCUGUGUUUGGUACUGAGGCAGGCAAAGUCAUGCUGCACCGCGCCAUUCAUCGCGUUCUGAGAGCCCCGAUGUCUUUUUUCGACACCACCCCUCUCGGACGUAUCACCAAUCGAUUCUCCAAGGACAUCGAUGUCAUGGAUAAUACACUUACCGAUGCGAUCCGCAUGUACUUCAUGACUCUCGCCAUGAUCAUUUCGGUUUUUAUCCUCAUCAUCUCAUACUACUAUUACUACGCCAUAGCUCUGGGUCCUCUCUUCCUAGUCUUCAUGUUCUCUGCUGCAUACUAUCGAGCCUCGGCCCGCGAGGUCAAGCGUCACGAAUCCGUCCUUCGCAGCAACGUCUUCGCUCGCUUCAGUGAGGCUGUCAUGGGCACGUCCACAAUCCGUGCAUAUGGUUUGGAACAUCAAUUCUCGCGGUCAGUCCGCGCUGCAAUUGACGACAUGAACAGCGCAUACUAUCUUACGUUUGCAAACCAGCGCUGGCUUAGCGUUCGUCUCGACGUUAUUGGCAUUUUACUUGUCUUCACCACCGGCAUCUUGGUUGUUACCUCCCGAUUCUCUGUUAAUCCUAGCAUUGCAGGGCUUGUACUUUCAUACAUUCUCACCAUUGUACAGAUGAUUCAGUUCACGGUACGUCAGCUCGCAGAGGUUGAGAACAACAUGAAUGCGACGGAGCGAAUUCACCACUACGGCACCAUGCUGGAAGAGGAGGCUCCGCUCAAAAUGGGUGAGGUCAGGAAGACGUGGCCAGAACAUGGCGAGAUUGUGUUCCAGAACGUCGAGAUGCGUUAUCGAGACGGCCUACCGUUGGUGCUCAAAGGCCUCGACAUGCACGUUGCAGCGGGCGAGCGCAUCGGCGUGGUUGGACGUACCGGGGCUGGCAAGUCCAGCAUCAUGAGCACCUUGUUUCGCCUCACAGAGUUGUCGGGAGGGUCCAUCAUCAUCGAUGGAGUCGACAUCAGCACAAUCGGUCUCCACGACUUACGCUCCAAACUCGCCAUCAUCCCUCAAGACCCGACGCUUUUCAAAGGCACCAUCAGGUCCAACCUCGAUCCAUUCAACGAGCACAGCGAUCUUGCGCUGUGGGGCGCGCUUCGGCAAGCGGACUUGGUCUCCAACGAGGCUACCUUGGACGACAAAUCGGGGCGCAUCCAUCUCGACUCGAUUGUCGAGGAGGAAGGGCUUAACUUCUCGCUUGGGCAGCGCCAGCUCAUGGCGUUGGCGCGGGCGCUGGUGCGGGGCUCGCAAAUCAUAGUGUGCGACGAGGCGACGUCGUCGGUCGACUUUGAGACGGAUCAGAAGAUCCAGAAGACGAUUGUCGACAGGUUCCGUGGCAAAACGCUGCUGUGCAUCGCGCAUCGUUUGAAGACGAUUAUUGGGUACGACCGCAUCUGCGUCAUGGACGCGGGCACCAUUGCGGAACUUGACAAGCCGAUUCAUUUGUACGACCGGGGAGGCAUCUUCAAGAGCAUGUGUGAUCGGAGCGGGAUCCGGAGAGAAGACUUCUUCACGGCCUAGUUGAUGGCCGAGCGUGGAUAGAACAGGAGAUGGACGGGGACUGUGGCAUAUCGCAUUGCGGAGAUUCUAC